UAACCAACAAACACCACUCUUCCUAGUUGGGGUGGGACAAUUGUGAGGAACAUGAGGGCCGAAUGGAAAACACACCCUACACAUGGAGAGUGGCCCUGGAGAGGGCAUUUGGAAUAGUUGAAUGGAAAUAUUGUAAGGGCAAGUUUGACACACGGAUUUAGCAACACGUCUUUUGGGUACCCUUUACAUUUUGUUGUUGCUUUCAGGUUAACGUGCCUGAUGAUUUGUCGAGGCAAACCAGCAAGCUGGCUGAAGUGACUUUGAACUGAGCAGAGGAAACACUACAGUUUCCUUCAGAAAGUUAGCUCACUUAGCUAGCGCUUAAGUUCGAGCAGCAUCAGUGCAGAACCAGUCACUGGGUCCAGUGAAAUGCAAACUUUGCUAGACUUUUCUCUUUCAGUUCAUUUCAUUUAUAUGUCUGUGAAGUUGUCUUCAUUUCGCUUAGAGGAUGCUUAAGGUUUGAUACCUGUCUUUACUUGUGCGUGGUUGUUUUUCUUGGUUUUCAAUAAUCAGUCAUUCUUAUUUUAAACAUUUCGGACGGAAUUGAAUGUCCAACUUUUCGAGAUAUUGUCAUUAAUCAGCAACGAGACAACGUUAACAUUUUUGUUUUCAAAACAAGAAACUAUGCAAAAGUUCAACUCGACACACACCAUUACUCUCCCACGGGACGCUGAACUUCAGCAGCAGUUAGCCGACAACGGGGGAGCCGGGGAAACGAUGAAGGAAAACGGCGCUGGGAAGAAUCACAUCCUCGCAGAACCUGCUGACAGUUCGUUUUGCACCAAGAGAAAGAUGCUGGUUGGCUUGGAUAUUUUGUGUCUGUUCGUAGCCUCCAUCCCGUUCUUUGCGUGUGAACUGAAGGCGGUGACUCCGUACCGGAGGGGUUUCUUCUGCGGCGACACCAGCAUCACGUACCCCUACCUGGAAAGUGAGGCCAUACCUGACGGGGUUCUCAUCGCCGGGGGCAUCGUCAUCACAGGGCUCACGAUUGCACUUGGAGAGUGUUACAGAGUGCGAUUCCGUGGCGUGCACUCGCGGGCAUUUGUACGGAACCUCUACGUGUCCUGUCUCUACAAGGAGCUGGGUAGCUUCUUGUUCGGCUGCUGCGUGGGUCAAUCACUCACCAAUAUGGCCAAGCUGAGUGUGGGGCGCCUGCGACCAAACUUCCUGUCGGUGUGCAAUGUGACCUAUGCCUCUCUAAACUGCUCCCCUGGCUCCUAUAUGGCCCAGGUCAACUGCAGGCAGCAGAACCACAAGAUGGUGGAGGAGGCCAGAAAGUCCUUUUUCUCUGGCCAUUCCUCUUUUGCUAUGUACACCAUGCUCUACCUAGCGUUCUACCUGCAGGCGCGGUUGUCGUGGCGAGGGGCUCGCCUGUUGCGCCCGCUGCUGCAGUUCCUCCUGGUGAUGAUAGCCGUGUACACUGGGCUGAGCCGGAUCUCGGACUACCGCCACCACCCCACCGACGUGAUCACCGGUUUCGUCCAGGGAGGCCUCACCGCCUACUGGGUGGCCUUCUAUAUUUCCUCCAUGUUUAAGAACAACCGUCCAGAGAUUUCUCCUGCCAGCGUGUGCCUGGAGAGCCCCCUGUCCAGCCAGCAGACUGUCUGCUAGCACCGCCUACACCAACACACCAGGACCCAGACCGACGGGACUGGGCAAAAGACAGACAGACAGAGAGAGAGAGAGAGAGAGACAGUCCGACAGAAAUGGAGAGAUGUUUAUGAAAAGAGAGGAAGCGCUAGGGGGAAUCGGUGAUGGGGGGGGUUGGUAGAGCGUUAUAGCAAGAGCACUAAUGCUUUCACACAGACACGUAGUGACGCCUCUCUCUCACCCAAUAACACACACACUACCAUCUAACACACACCCAGACAAACUCAGCAAACCUGACUGUAGAAUACAACCCGUCCAUAUAGGCCACAUACCUAGCAAUAUUACAGAUGUUUUUUUUUGUAUUUCUAUUUUUAAAUGGGAGUCGUGAAUAGAGCUGCUAAUGAUGAUGGUCACAUUUCCCUUUUCUAAGUAAAUACGUUGUGAAUGUGAUGGUGGCUAGUGGACAGUGAGUCAUGUUUAUAUCAAUGUUUGUGUGCUACUUCAUCGACUUGGGCACUAGGUUGAUUUGAUAUAAGAUACUGAAUGAUGUGGGUAGCUUAUGCGUUAUGAAACUCUAUCCAGGCCGUGGUAAGAUCUAGCACCCAUUAGCAAGAUCUGUGUAGGCAACAUGACCAAAGUCACUAAAAGAGCUUUGUUAGCCAACCAGUCAUUGCUCGUCAUCGGUUGGACCCUGUGGACUUUCUGAGACAUCAUCCAAGUGAUCCGUCUGAACUGGGAUUGCAGACCUUUACACGGAAACCGCCCUGCACCAUGUGACAACCGUGGCCACCAAUAAGGAACAAGUACUGGCCUCAUAGACCCUCCUACCAGUAGCCAGUCCAUCCUUCAUCAACCACUUCAUCAAUUCUUCACACUGCUCUCACAGAACAAUUAGUAGAGCAUGUCAUGGAGAGAUAUAUGAAAGAGAACAUGUCGUUAAAAACAGGUAUUUCAAAUGUGAUGGGGUGGAAAUCUGCUUAGCCCAGGUUAUGUCCCCUCCCCUUCACGUCCUUUGUUCUCUAUGUCUGUACUAACCACUUAUUACUGUGUCUCAGAGGCAGAGCCAUGACUGAACCCUCUAACCUUUGACCCAUUUCCCUAACCUCUGACCUCUGAGCUGCACCUUGAGUUAUGCCACUCACAGGGGAGCCUAGUGUGGCCCAUGGAAGAUAUCCCCUGCAUAUUUCUAUUAAUUAGCACUUGAACUACAUAAUGGAACCUACUCGUAUAGUAUAAUUGAUAUUAUAUAUAUAUAUAUAUAUUUUAUCUCCAGAUUUUGAAUAAUCAGUGUUUUAUUUCUCGUUGUCAGUCUCAUAGUAUUUUUGUGUUGUUGUUUUUUUUUUCUCCAAAUGGUAAUUAUUCAAAUUGAAUGUAAAUAGCUAUGUCCUUUUAUAAAACACACAGAAUUUCAAAAGUAUUAUUAGUGCCAUUUCAUAACUGUUUUUACGUGUUUGUGCAUCAUAUGUCUGUUGUUGAUCAGGUACGCAUAGUUGUUGUUGUUGUUGUUAUUGUUAUAACGACUAGACUGAGCCAGAUAUAUUAUCAUAAAGCUAGAUUUCUUGUAUCCACUUUUACUUGUUUUGUGUUUUUUGUUUUGUUCUCUGUGAAUGCCAAUAUGGCUGAAAAUAACCACUGUACUCAAAAAACCAAACCAAUAAAAUGAAUGUUGAACCUUU